UUAUUUUUUCUCUACAGCUUGGCUUCAAAAUCUCUCAAAGAGCUUCAAAGUUCAAAUAGAGAAAAAGGAAAUCACAUUCACGUUGGAUUCCACUUUGGCAUGAGCACAAUCAGUUUAGGGAAAUCAUAACUACUUGGAGAUUGGAAGUGAUUCUAGUGGUUCAGAUCUGAAAAAAGGAGUUGCAAAUGAAUGCUAGUUUAAGAAGGAAGAGCCAUGAUGGAGAAAGAGGAGAAGAAUUGCAGAAGAAACAUCUCGUUAUCUUCUUAAACUAGUUCUGGGUUUUUCAUUUUAUUUUAUUUUUUUUCUAGAUUUUAUUUUAUUUUUGUGUGUGUGUGUGUGAAGAAAAUGAAAGGUGUAGGCGUUUUCCCUUGGAUUUUCUUGGUGGGUUUUGUUUUCUUGCGAGGAAAAUCCGACCCACUUGAAGAUAAGCAAGCUUUACUUGAUUUCAUGACAAAACUCCCUCACUCUCGUCCUCUCAACUGGAACGAGACUUCUCCGGUUUGCGGCCACUGGACCGGAAUCACUUGCAGCGACGACAAGUCUCGCGUCUUAGCCGUCCGAUUGCCCGGCGUCGGAUUCGACGGCCCGAUCCCUCCCAACACGCUCAGCCGCCUCACAAGUCUCCAGAUUCUCAGCCUCAGAUCCAACCGCAUAAAUGGGCAAUUCCCAUCCGACUUGUCCAACCUCAAAAACCUGUCUUUUCUCUACCUUCAGUUCAACAACUUCUCUGGGCCAUUGCCUUGGGACUUCUCAGUUUGGAAAAAUCUCACCAUUGUGAAUCUCUCCAACAACCAUUUCAAUGGCACCAUCCCACUUUCUCUCUCUAACUUGACCCUUUUGGCCGGCUUGAACCUGGCAAGCAACUCGCUUUCUGGGCAAAUCCCUGAUCUCCAACUGUCAAAGUUACAACAAUUGAAUUUGUCAAACAAUUUCCUUAGUGGGUCUGUGCCAAAGUCAUUACAGAGGUUUCCGGAGUCGGUUUUUCGAGGUAACAAUGUUUCUUUCUCGAGUUUUGCACCUGAAUUUCCACCUGUUGUGUCACCUUCUUCAGAGCCAUUUUUUAUGCCUACAAAUGGUAGUAAUAUUAGUGCUAAGGUUGGUAGUGGGAAGCUUGGUGAAACUGCAUUGUUGGGGAUUAUAGUGGCUGGUGCGGUUUUGGGGCUUGUGGCGUUUGCUUUUCUGAUGCUUGUUUGUUUCUCGGGAAAGAAGAGGAAAGACGGGCUUGGUGGGCUUGGGGGGCUUUCCGGGAAAUUGAACAAGGGGGAUAUGUCGCCGGAGAAGAUGAUCUCUAGGAGCCAAGAUGCGAACAAUAGGUUGGUUUUCUUUGAGGGGUGUAACUAUGCGUUUGAUUUGGAGGAUUUGUUGAGGGCUUCUGCUGAGGUGUUGGGGAAGGGUACGUUUGGUACGGCGUAUAAGGCGAUACUGGAAGAUGCAGCGACUGUGGUGGUGAAGAGGUUGAAGGAUGUCAAUGUCGGGAAGCGUGAAUUCGAGCAGCAAAUGGAGCUUGUUGGAAGUAUUAGGCAUGAAAAUGUGGUUGAGCUCAAGGCUUACUAUUAUUCCAAAGAAGAGAAGCUGAUGUUGUAUGAUUACUACAGCCAAGGAAGCGUCUCUGCUAUUUUACAUGGUAAAAGAGGAGAGGAUAGAGUCCCUCUAGACUGGGAUACCCGACUGAAAAUAGCAAUUGGUGCUGCAAGAGGAAUUGCGCGUAUACAUACAGAGAAUGGUGGGAAGCUUGUCCAUGGAAACAUUAAAGCCUCAAACAUCUUCCUCAAUUCGCGGCAGUUUGGCUGCGUUUCGGAUGUUGGUUUGGCGAGCAUAAUGAGCUCAUUGGCUCCACCAAUCUCCCGUGCUGCUGGUUACCGAGCUCCAGAAGUAACAGACACCAGAAAAGCAGCUCAACCAUCUGAUAUCUACAGCUUUGGGGUGGUUUUGCUUGAGCUUCUCACUGGAAAAUCCCCCAUCCAUACCACUGCAGGCGACGAGAUUAUUCACUUAGUCAGGUGGGUUCAUUCGGUGGUCCGAGAGGAGUGGACGGAUGAAGUGUUUGACAUAGAGCUAAUGAGGUAUCCAAACAUAGAGGAAGAAAUGGUAGAGAUGUUACAGAUUGCCAUGGCAUGCGUGGUGAGGAUGCCGGAUCAGCGCCCUAAAAUGUCUGACGUAGUGAAGAUGAUAGAAAAUGUCAGGCGGAUCGAUAACGAGCCUCAAUCAUACACCGGAAUCAAAGCUGAAAGCUCAAAACCACAGCCAGCAGUUGGCACAGAUUUUUCAACUUCACCCAACGAGUAGACAAUUUGUCCCUUUUUUUCUUCUUCUUUUUUCAAAUUUUAAUUCACAUAUGGUGAAGUAUCUUACUUCAUUUUGCCCCCAAAGUGUUGUUAAUGCACAAAACUGCAAUGAUUUUUAUUUUCUUUUUUAUUUUUUAUCAACUUGAUCCCAUUUAGGUAGAGCUUGAUCAGGUUAUGCAUUGGUGUAUCAGCAGGCUGUCGAUUCUGAAAGCGGAAAUUCGGAUAUUCCCUUUAACUAAAGAUCUCUUUUCUCUCUUUUGUAA